AUGAUGGAACGGAUGAUAAGUGUUGAGGUAGUCGUAAGAGAUCAGGUUGACCCCAUUGCCAGAGGGUUGGUGCCGGAACUCAUCGAGUCGUUCUUAGACUUCUCCACUUCGUGGACUGUCCAGAAGGCGGCAUGCAGUGGGUACCUUUCGCUUUUGAAACGGUUGGGUGAACGAAACGCAGAGAUUACCGAUCACGGCAUGGACUGGUCCUUGCAAAUUGCAGCGACUGAAGGAUACCUGAAUAUUGUUCAGUGGCUCACGGCUUAUCGCCCAAAUGUCAAGAUAUCGACACGUGCGAUGGAUGCAGCAGCUUUGCGGGGGCAUUUGAAAGUAGUUAAGUGGCUUCACAAGAAUAGAAGCGAAGGCUGCUCUGUGCACGCAAUGAACAGUGCAGCCGCAGGUGGUCACCUUGAUGUCGUUCGAUGGCUGCACGAGAAUCGCACAGAGGGUUGCACGACAGGAGCAAUCGAUACCGCUGCAGCUGGAGGCCAUUUGGCUACGGUCCAGUGGCUGUGGGCAAAUCGCACGGAAGGCUGCACGACUGUGGCCAUUGACUUUGCAAUCUACAACAGCCACUUUGCAGUUGUGAAAUGGUUCAGCGAGCUCGCAGAUUUUCGACCACGAACUGCCAACCACAUGGUAGGAGCCACAGUUGGCAAUAUCAUUAGGAAACAACCUGGCGGUCAAGCAAUGCUUACUUUGAGUAAGGAAGAUAUUGUUUUCUCAGUCUCUAUUGAUCGUUUUCAAUUGCCGCCAGCGUAG